AUAGUUUUUUGGGAUUAGAAUCACAGGUUCUGCCGCUAACCUGAUGUCUUCUUUUUAUAAAAGAUUGAAAUGAUUGGUAAUAAUUAGGGCCGGGACAUUAGCGCGUUAAUUGCAAUUAAUUAAUUACAAUAUGAAUUAAGAUUAAUUAAUUACACAUUUUUUACGCAUUUUUACACCUUUUUUUUGCACUGCGGAACGUUUCUCACUGGAUGAGUUUCGGAGGACCGAUUAUACUGGAGCACCAACUAGCGUCCAUGACUUCAGACAACAACAAACCACAGUGAACAUGAACGAAGAAGCUGACGAGACCGUGUCGGGUGGCCCCGUGAAUGGGAAAUCUUCUUAUAAUAAACACACGGAUGGAAGCGCCGAUAAGAGCGUGGUUGUGUGCAAGCUGUGCAACAAGGAAUUCACACCGAGCCUCAAGUAUCACCUCAACGCAACACAAUUAGCAGCUAGCGUGGACGUACAAGGACCCACACCCAACCCACACUGCACCAGAUGACUGGUUUAAGGACCAGGAACCCCUGGAGAUCCACAAGAAGAAGGUCUUAUUAUGGUUCAGCCACCGUCCUCUAGAGGAGAAACAGUUUGGAGGUCACUUCAGCCCAGAGACCAUGGACGUGGAUCCUCUCAUCCUUGAAAGAAAAGCUGAGGAGAGGGCAGGACCGCUCAGUUCCCCUCUCCAGAACGGCUCCAGCCGCUCUGUGACUGUGGAACAGCUGUUUGAGCCCACCAAUACCUGGGGUGAUGGCCGGGGGCUCAAUGUGCUGCUGUACGGUGCUGUGGGAACGGGGAAGAGCACAUUGGUACGCAAGGUGGUGGGGGACUGGUGCAUCGGGAAAACCCUGAACCAAUUCAAGUUGCUGGUUCCUUUCUCUUGUGAAGACCUUGGCUCACUGUCAAAAGUUGCCUCCUUAAGGGACCUGGUGAGCAGGAAGUACCUCCACCUCAGACAACACCCACUGUUGAGUGGGACGGGAAACCAGGCCAAGGAUGUGCUAUUCAUCUUCAAUGGGAUGGAGAAGAUGAAUUUGGAUUUCAGAAUUGGAGCCACUGAGCUUUGCAGUGACCCCAAUGAGCCACUGCUGCCAAAUGUAGUGAUGGUCAACCUGUUGAGGAAAUACCUGCUACCUGAGGCUAGCAUCUUGGUGACCACCAGACUGUCCGCCCUGGACAGUAUCCCCCAGAAGUAUGUGAGUCGAUAUGCACAGAUUAGUGGCUUCAGUGACCCGGACCGCCAGCGGGCCUACUUCAGCAGCCGCCUGGUGCAGCAGAGCGGGGCGGCGGCCCGAAACCCUGAGUCCAACUCUCUGAUAGAGCUGCUGUACCUCAACCUCCAGAGGGAAAGCCAGCUGGGUGCGGCCUGCUUCCUGCCCUCAUACUGCUGGCUCACAUGUGCCACCUUACAUCUCCUCCACUUCACCGACGCUGAGGCGCCGGUCCGCACCCUGACCGGACUUUACACUAGUUUCCUCCGACUGAACUUCGGAGGCGAAGUGCUCGGCACGGGAGCAGGAACCAAUGUGCCCAUUCAAGAGCGCAACGCCUCUCUGAUGUUGUACGUGGUGCGUACGGUUGGGAAACUUGCGUUUGAUGGUGUGACGAACAGGCGCACAGCGUUCUCUGAAAAGGAACUGGAGCAGUGGAUCGGAGGUGAGACCAAGACAAACGAAGAGCUACGUCAGCUGGCCAUGUUCCGGACGGACGUGCUCGACUUCUUCUUGGCUCCCAUUGUGGAAAGCGACAUUUAUUUAGCAGAAGAAGCCGUUGGAAAUGAUAAGAGGCAGUACGUGUUUGCUGUCCCGGCCAUGCAGGAAUACCUGGCGGCUCUCUACGUGGUUCUCGGCGAGAACAAAUCCGCUCUGGAGAAGCUAACAAGUCAGGUGUCCGCGGCCAUCGGUCAGGCAAGCGAGGAUGUCAAUAAAAUCUUCGACGUCAUCUCCAUGUUCAUCCCGCGCCGAGUAUUUGCCGUAUUCAACAUCCUGAAGCUUUUUCCAAAGCUCUACGAGAAAAUCAGCAGCGGCAACAAAGGCAGCAUUGCCAAAACGAUGGCAUCCGAGCUGUUCCGCACCGAGGACAGCUACAACGACGACGUCCUGGACCAGGUGGAGCAGAGCCUCCUAGGAGUCCACGGCCCGCGACAAAAGCAGCGCAGUGAGGGCCAGCCUUUUGAGCUCUACCCCAUAUUCAUGGGCGGACUGUUGCAUUAUGGGAACCGCGUCCUUCUCCAGCAACUUGGGUGCAGCAUUCAGAGCAACACUGUGGCCCAGAUCACAAAGGCCCUCAGGAAGUACCUUGUCAGAGAAAUCAACAAGCCACAGCCUCCAGAGGAGCUGAUGGAUCUACUGGUCCUUCUCUAUGAGUUUCAGAACCCCAGAGUGACUGCAGAGGUUCUGGCCUCGAUCAGGGCCAUCAAGCUCCCCAACAUCCGCAUGACGCCACUCAAGUGCUUUGUACUGAGCUCCGUGCUCACAUGCGCGCCUGCAAGUUAUCAACUGGAGGAGAUGGACCUGUCCUCCUGCCUCCUGGAUCUCAACAUGCUUGAGAUGCUGCGUUCGGCCUUCAGACACACGCACAAACUCAAUCUGCAGUCUAACAGCCUGGGUCCUGAGUCCUGUGUCGUCCUGAGAGAUCUGCUGCUAGACCCCGUGAGCUCCAUCGGAUCUCUGCAACUGUGUGACAACCCUCUGCUGGAGUCCGGGGCCUGCGCCCUGCUGGAGGCUUUGCCGAAGAACCAGUCCCUGACCCACCUGUCCCUGAUGCACACGGGCCUGGGGGACCAGGCGGCCCUGCAGCUGGCCCAGAACCUCCAGCAGCACAAGGGUCUCCUGGAGCUCAACGUGGCCUACAACAACAUCGGGGACACCGCCGCCCUGGCUUUAGUGGACGCCUGCAGGGUGCACCCCAGCCUCCACACUGUGCACUUGUAUCUGAACCCUCUCAGCGAUGCGGGAAAACAGUCCCUCUACGUCCGAGGAGUUCCCGAGAGCCAGGGGGGGCGGCGGGUCAGGGUCCUGGCCUCCGUCACCGAGGGCACCGACGUCUCGGAGGACUGGCACCCCAUUCUCAGUGUGAUCCUGAAGAACGCCUCGUCCUGGGACCGCCAGCGCGUCAAAGAGCAGCUGAAGGCGUUCCUCAGGGACCUGGACUGGGGCCGGCAGCAGCAGCAGAGCUUCUGGAAGCGGCUGCACUUCAGACGAGUGGAGAAAGGCGUCCGCAAGGCGCUGCAGCAGCUGGAGAAGGAGGCUCCGCCUCCAUCAUCAGGACAGGGACCAUAACCAGCAUGCACUGGGGCAGAUGACCUCAUUCAACAACAUUUCAGAAUCGGAUCAGAAGCCGUGUUUUUCACAUACAGGAAAAACAAAUAAAAAUGAAAUAAUAAAAUUGGAUACAAAUAAACAAGCGAAGAUGAUGAACAUUCUUAAGUAGAUUAGAUUAUAUAUUUGACUGCAGCUCCCACUUGAUUCAUCACAUGUAUGACAUGUGUAUAUAUAAAAUAUAUACACAUGUCAUACAUAUACAUCAUGUAGGACUGUCAAAUGUAGAGUUUCAUUUUAAAAGCCAGUAAGUAAAUGUGCCUCUGAAAUACAAGUUGACCUGCUGGGCUGUGACACAGCCAGGAAUUGUGGGUAGUCUAAUUUGGGAAAGCAUGCCGAAAGGAGGUUGGAGGACAAUUGGAUGGUACUUUAAUGUCUCCCAGAUGUUUGGCUGAUGUUUUGUCUUCCAGGCUCACAAAUAUAUGAAAAGAAAACCUCUUUUUUCUUGGACUAAAUUUUUUAAAAAUGGGAUUGAAUGAAUUGACGGGGAUCCGUCUGCUCACCAUCACUUUGUUUCUAGAGUUCUAGUAACCGACUAAAUGUUAAGUUCACAAACAUUUCAGAUGAAUCCCGUCCUGGUGCUUUUUCCUUCGGUUUAACACGUCUAAAUGAAAGGUGCACUUGUUUUUGUUUCCUAUCUGGUUGUUUAGAGUUAUGUUCAGUUUCAUUAAAUGUUAAAUGGCACA